AUGGGCGGCACUUCGUCGAAACCGGAACCGGGCUUUCCCGUGGACACGUCGGAACUCGACGGCGACCUUCGUCUUCCAAGUCGAGCAGAGGACGACGGAGAAGAAGAAGAGGUAUUUUUUAGCGCACAAAAAGUCACCGAGAAGGACGACGAGGAAGAAGACGAAGACAAAGAAGAAGAAGAAGAGAUGACGACGAUUCCAGAGACGUCCUCGGAGACGCAAAAAGCGAGAGAAACGAGAGAACCCGGGUCGGCGUCCGUGAAGAAGAAAACGAAGACGGUGAAAGACAGGAAAGGAUCGUCGGUCUCUUCACCUCCUCGUCCGACGAGGAAACGAGGACGAAGUCCAACGCAAGAAGAAGAAGAAGAAGAGAUGACGCCGGCGAAACCCAAGGCGGCGGCGUCGGCGGUGAAAAGGUCCAAAAUGAUUGAAGUCGCAAAGUUCUCCACGAGAAAGUCCGAGGAGAAGACAAAGAAGAAGAGAAAGAUACAAACGCCGCAUCUGAGCACCGGCUCGUACUUACCCGCGUCGAGCAAACACCGCGUGGAAAACGAGCUGAAACGCAUAGACGCGGUUCAACUCGCCACGAAGUUAGACUUUGUCAGUCCAAAUUACCCGUCCACGCGAAGGAGCGAGCAGUUCAAGAGACACGCGUUGAGGAGUUCAAGACGAGGAGAGCUUCCCACGUCGUCGCCGCAAACGACCAUGGAGUGGGCUUGA